AUGUGGUCGCUUCACAGUACGUCAUUACAACCGCAGCGUUCUCUAACUGGAGUAGAUGACGUACCUAUUCCGUUUAUAAGCAUCGAACGGGCACAAGUCAGUCACAAUUAUCGGAACUUUCAAAGGAGGAUGGCGUACAAAUUAAUUUUGGUAGCGGUCGCGUGUUGGACGCUCUGCGCGGCAAACGAUUUCCAGGAGAUGAAGGAGUUCCUAAUGAACAUCCCACCAGAGUACGAGGACGAGUUCCCGGUGCAUUCGGGGGAACUGUCCCCACUUGUGCCCUGCGAGGAUUGCAGAGAAAAACGGAGCAUUAUGGAAGUGUGGCCAAGCCUCAGGAAACCAGAUUGGAUCAAGAAGAGAUUGCAUAUGAACGAAUCGUCCAGAAACAAGUGUCCAGUUGAUACUAUACGGUUUUUGGGGAUCUGCACACCGAUUAAGACGUUCCUGCCGAAACCAAAAUGGGGUAAAUAA